CAGAAACCAGCGAGUCACAAAAACACACAGCACGUGUUCGGAAUAUACAUCGCUUAAUUGUUUAUAGCAUUAUUUGAGUCACUGAACGAGUCAGUGGACCCACUCAGACCCUCCACCAUUUGUGAACUUCACUUUGUUUCUAUUUUCCAUCUCUUGUCUCUCACUCAGUGACUCUGUCAAACACAACAACUUGCGAACAAUGACGAGAAAGGUGUCGAAUUUCUCCGAUCUGAUCCAAAGGGUCACCGCCUCUUGCCUCCUCCACCCCCUCGCCGCCGGUGUCAAGGAAGAAAACUCGCCGUGCGAAUCGGAAGAAAACAGGUACGAAGAAGAGGGCGAAGAAGAUGAAGACGAAGAAGAAGGAGAAGGAGAGGAAGAUAAAGGGUACGAGGAAGAGAAUGGAGAGUAUGAGGAAGAGAAAAUGGUGGGGUUGAAGGGUUUGAAGGUGAAGCAGAUGGAGGCAGUAAUGGAGGAUGUGUUCGAAACCGUGUCGUCAAUGAAGAGAGCGUACGUGAGGUUGCAGGAAGCGCAUUCGCCGUGGGACCCGGAGAAGAUGAGGGCUGCUGACGUGGCGAUGGUGGCGGAGCUGAGGAAGCUCGCCGUGUUGAGGGAGCGGUUCCGGCGCAACGGUGACGGCGGCGGUGGUAGGAGGAGGGUUCGGAGGAGAGGUGGUGGUGGUAUUGGUGCGGUGUCGCUGAGGGAGGUGGUGGCGCCGUACGAGGCGGUGGUGGAGGAGCUGAAGAAGGAGGUGAAGACAAAGGAUUUGGAGGUUCAGAAUCUGAAAGAGAAGCUUGAGAAUGUAGUUGCACUCUCCAGCAAUGGCAGUGGUGAAAAGAAGCCUGGGAGGUCUCAGUCUAAGAGGAAACUAGGAAUUCAAGCAAUUGCAGCAGUUCCAACCCCGGAACUCUUUGAAGCAACAAUGGUGCAAGUAAAAGAAGCAUCAAAGUCCUUCACAUCUCUACUCCUGUCUCUCAUGCACAAUGCACAUUGGGAUAUCACAGCUGCUGUUCGUUCCAUUGAAGCAGCUACUGCCUCCACUGACAAAUACCAUAUUACUUCAACCACUUCCAUUGUCUCAUCUCACCAUGCCAAGUAUGCCCUUGAAUCCUAUAUAUCCAGGAAAAUCUUCCAAGGGUUCGACCACGAGACUUUCUACAUGGAUGGUAGCCUCUCCUCCCUCCUCAACCCUGACCAGUUUCGCCGCGAUUGCUUCACUCAAUACCGGGACAUGAAGUCCAUGGAUCCUACAGAGCUUCUUGGAAUCCUACCAACAUGUCACUUUGGCAAAUUCUGUUCCAAGAAGUACCUUGCUAUUGUCCAUCCCAAGAUGGAGGAGUCAUUGUUUGGUAACUUGGAGCAACACAGUCAAGUCCAAGCAGGAAACCACCCCAGGAGUGAGUUCUACACUGAAUUCUUAGGGAUGGCCAAAACAGUGUGGUUGCUGCAUUUACUGGCAUUCUCAUUGAACCCUGCACCAAGUCAGUUUGAAGCAAGUCGUGGAGCUGAGUUCCAUCCUCAGUAUAUGGACAGUGUGGUGAAAUUUUCAGGUGGGAGAGUCCCAGCUGGUCAGGUUGUAGGGUUUCCAGUCAGCCCUGGAUUUAAGCUUGGGAAUGGGUCUGUUAUAAAGGCUAGAGUUUAUUUGAUUGCCAGAACAUAAGUUUUUUGGGAGUCGUGUUUUAAAGGAGCUGGUGAGAGUGAUCCUAACAUUUGCCUAACAGCAUUACCAUUCUACUGAUGUAAUGUGAAAAUCCUUAGGCUUUAGUUAUUGAUUUCCUGGUGAAUUCAGCUUGAU